AUGAAUAUUUGUGUUAGUGUAUGUACAUUCCUCGUUGCAGUUCUAUUUGUUAUAUACGCUAUAGAUGUUCAAGAUGAUAAAAAGAGUAAUCUGGAAGAACUUUUGGUGGAAAAUUGGGCUGAGACAUUUGGAAAAGAAUUGUGGUAUCUGGGACAAAAUAUAACUAAAUCUGAUGAGAUUAGAUUGUGUCUUAUGGAUGCAGCAGAACGUUUAUCUGAAGAAUUUGAAUGGAAAUUCUAUGGAGAAAAUAGAAUUUCGAACUACACUUAUUAUAAUGCAAAGUAUUCACCAGUUGAAGGUAUCGACGAUUCUAAUGAUACCGACCGAACUACCCCAAAUAUAUCUUUGGAUCUAGGAAAAAUUAUUAUUCAAUUAGAAUUCAAAACAAUGAACCUGACAAAAAAUGAUCAUUUUUAUGGAUUAUCUGUUAAUACUGAUUACAGCGCAGUUUAUUUACCGACAAUAUUAUUUGAAAAACAUAUUUUUGAACAUGUCCAAAAACCUUUACAAUGGUCUGAAAAAAUGGACGAAGUGUUUUUACAAAAUUAUCGCAGUGAUCCAUCACUUUCUUGGCAAUAUUUUGGAAGUACAGCAGGGUUUAUGCGUCAUUAUCCUGCUAUAAGAUGGUCGGCUAAACCUAGUGUAUUUGACACCCGUCUGCGACCGUGGUACAUACAAGCUGCGACUUGUUCAAAGGAUGUAGUAAUUUUGUUAGAUAUUUCCGGUUCCAUGAGUGGCAUGCAUCAAUCAAUUUCUCAGCUUGUAAUUAAAUCUCUAUUAAAAACAUUCAAUAAUGAUGAUUCGAUUAAUAUUAUUUUUUUUAAUACUGGUUUUACUUACUUAGUAACUUGCUUUAAAGAAUUAUUAGUCCAGGCUACUCCUGAAAAUCUUUACACAUUUCAUAAAGCUAUAAUUGAAGAUCCAAGAUUAUUACCAUCUUCUACAGCGAACUACAGCAAGGCAUUUAUUGAAGCUUUUCAACUUUUAUCUAAUAACAAAAACAACAACAGGUGUUCUGAGGAAACGUGUAAUCAAAUGAUAAUGUUGGUCACGGAUGACGAUCCUAAUGAAGAACUUUUUGAUGUUGUACAAAAGCACAAUCGCAUUGAUGAUAAUAAAUUUACAAACAUACCACGACUAGCUUGUGAAAACAGAGGUAGCUUUGCACACGUACAUUCAAAAGACGAAGUACUUGAAAGAGUAUUGAAAUACAUCGCUGUUUUAGCAAGACCUUUAGUAUUACAAGCUGAAAAACAUCCUGUUACAUGGUCCCAUACAUUUAUGGACAUUUCUGAUCCAUAUGUAACAAGUGCAUUAAAAAAUUCAAUGGAUUUUGAUAAGCAGAUGAGUGAUCUCGCUGCUAAUUUGAAUGAACAAAAACAAUUCCCUAACCAACAUAAAAUGGAUUCUAAGUAUUUGAUAUUGAACUCUGAGAGUGUAGAUGAGGAAGGAAAUUAUCAAGAAUACAGGCCAAUGACUGCAAUUUCUAUACCAAUAUUUAAUAAAAAAAAGGGAUGA